CAUAAUGGCUGCGUCCAUACCAUAUACCAAACUCACCGGUGUGAUUUGUGUUUGAAUAUUUCGAAGAGCAUAUCCAAACUUCCCAUCGUGCAGUAUUGUUCCCAACUGGCAGCCAUGCCCAACGUGAUAGUUCUAGACAAUGGUGGCGGCCUGAUUAAGGCGGGGAUCGGCGGCGAGAGAGACCCCGCCGCAGUAGUCCCGAACUGCACUGGCCGUCCUCUUGCUUCGAAGAAGUGGCUCAUCGCCGACCAACUCCUCGCCCCAGACGCAGAUCUCACCUCGGCCACCGUCCGCCGCCCAAUCGACCGCGGCCACAUCAUCAACGCCGACCUGCAAUCCUCGAUCUGGUCCCACAUUUUCAGCAAUCUCCUCAAGAUCAGCCCCUCCCAAUCCUCCCUCCUCCUCACCGAACCCCUCUUCACUCUCCCCUCCAUCCAACGCUCCAUUGAUGAAAUCAUUUUCGAAGAAUUCAACUUCCGGGCACUGUUCGUGGCCGAUUCGCCAUCUCUGGUCCAUCUCUACGAGGCCUCACGCAGGCCCUAUGGGCUUGUUUCCAAGGCCCAGUGUAGCCUCGUUGUGGACUCUGGGUUCUCCUUCACCCACGCGUCUCCGGUGUUCCAGAACUUCACUCUUAACUAUGGGGUAAAAAGGCUUGACCUUGGGGGAAAGGCUCUGAGUAAUUACUUGAAGGAGCUGGUGAGCUAUAGAAGCUUGAAUGUCAUGGAUGAGAGCUUUCUUAUGGAUGAUGUUAAGGAGAAACUCUGCUUUGUUUCUUUGGAUACUGCCAGAGAUUUGCAGAUUGCUAGGAAACCCGGCAGGGAUAAUUUGUUCAAAUGCACAUAUGUACUCCCUGAUGGUGUUACACAUAUGAGAGGUUUUGUAAAAGAUCACGAAGAAGCAAAGAGAUACAUGUCUCUCUAUGAUUCAACUGAGCAUCAAGUACCAGAAACACAAAAUAGUGUUGAUCAGGAGGACAUCACUAAUGACAUUGAUAGCCGAAAAAAGAUUGAUGUGUCAAGAAUUGACUUGUCAAAAAAUGAAUUUUGUUUAACAAAUGAAAGAUUCCUUGUCCCGGAGAUGAUUUUCCGCCCAGCAGACCUAGGAAUGAACCAGGCUGGACUUGCAGAGUGCAUUGUACGAGCUGUCAAUUCCUGUCAUCCUCAUCUUCACCCUGUGCUCUAUGAGAGCAUAAUUUUGACUGGUGGAAGUACAUUAUUCUCUGGAUUUGCUGAAAGGCUAGCAAAUGAGCUUCGGCCUCUUGUCCCUGAUAAAUAUCGCGUGAAGAUCACAGCACAAGAAGAUCCUAUACUUGGGGUGUGGAGGGGUGGAUCACUUUUGGCAUCAAGUCCUGAUUUUGAAACCAUGUGUGUAAGCAAGGCCGAGUACGAGGAGCUUGGAUCUCUACGAUGUCAUAGGAGAUUCUUGCACUAGAUGUUGUCUUUCUUGCUCGCUUGCAAAUGGUUGUGAAGAAAAAAAACAUGCUCCACACACUUAUCACCAAUGCCAAUCACCAGUAAGUUUCUGUUGCCUUAACUGUGCAAGUUUAUGUUACCAAUGGUGCUAAACGAGUCAUAAUUUUCAAUGUUUUAGAUUGGGGUAAAUAAUGAAUAUAUUGAAACAACACAUUAAAAUCUUUCACGUUUU